GUUGAAAGCCAGGGUCGGGAAAGAAACUAUCUCAAGUACCAAAAGGUAAUGUUUCUGUUGGGCAAAGUCCAACUUGAGAUACUCUCUACCUAAGAAGGCAACAGCAUACACACCAACCGCAGGACAUUGUCUAUUUUCCAUCUACUCAAUCCUUUUCACUUAAAAUGGGGGCGGGGGACACGAUGCGUUUGAAAGCCAUCCCCACAAUCUCUCCAAAGUAAAUCCUGGCCAGAACUAUACUCCCUUCUUCAGGGCUCAUUCAUUCCCCCCCCCCCAAAUACCAUUUUGCUAGGGAGGCCCUAUUCAGGUACCCCCUUCUAAAACAAGCGUAGGGCUGUAACCCUGCUCAGAGGCCGGUAGCCCAGGACUCUUGCUGAUUGAUAUGAGCAUCUGCCCCCAAGCUGGUCUUUUACCUUCCUGCUAUCUUAUAAUACUCUCAUUUUCCUUUUUUUUUUUUUUUUUAAAUAAAUGCCCCCUCCCGUUCUCGAGAGAUACCCACAACAUCUACAACUCGCCUUUCUUUCAUGGGGAGAUUAUAGCCUUGCCACCGAGGCCAGCCUGUCCCCGGCUGACCCCACGCGGGGCGGUUUCCAAGCAAUUUGUUUGCCCUCCCCGGGUGACCGGUUUGUGGUUCCUGUUGUUAUGGGAAUAAUCGCAACGCAGCGGGGACUAACGCCUUCCUAUAGCCUUUGCAGACUUCCUGAGAAAAAUACCGAGCGUCUCUCGCCUUCGCCGGCGCGGCCUGAGAGAGAACUUUCCCGCGUCGGGAGCCGCCGAAGUGUCCUGACUAGCUAUGAGGAUUCCCAACCAUUCCUUGAUGGGCCCUUUCAGAGGACAUAUGAGUAUUAAAAGCAGUCCCUUUUCUCCAAGUUCUUCCUGCAAACUCUCAAGUCAGUACAUUGUUCAAGAUCACAUGGCUGUGCAUUACAGAAAACUGCUCACUGCCAAAGCUGCUGUUGAUUCAUCUGCUCCAAAGAGUUUGAACACAAGUAUUAAAUACAGAGACCAACAGAAAAGAGAGAAGCUUAUCAAAGCUGUUGAAAAAUUCAAGAAAGAAAUAGCAUUGAUCCAUUCUACACCACCAUGCCAUUCUAGAAGUGUUCCCACUAAGAAUCACAAACGGUUACCAAAUCACCUGAAUUUGGUUUCAAGAGGAAGAUCGUCUCCUUUGAGAAAAGAGGAGCAUCACCCUAUUCGAGAUUCAAUCUUAUCUCGUACAUACAGAAGUGCAGUCCAACCGUGUACUUUACCUCUUUCCUUGUCUCCUGGGAAGUUGUGUCAGAUUUCCAAAAAGAAGAAAGCUACCAGUGGAGAUCUACUGGACACACAUGCUGAUUGGUUUACGGAAAGAAAGCAGCCUUUUAUCCCAAAGCUCUUAAAAACAGCAAGCAAAUCGUUUCUUUCAAAAUAUAGAUAUUAUAAUCAUCUGUGCAGGAAGAAAAGUCUUUCUCCUCAUACACAAUCACACAAAAGAUCAAAAAGUGUUUACAGGUCUAUGGAUAACGAGUGUCUAAGAGCUUAUGCAGAUGACCAUCCAUGCCAUCCAUUCAAGAAACAUUCUGGGAACUCAGCUGCUAUUCAAACACUUCUUCAUGCAAAAAAUGAAGAGUUGAAGUACUUGCAGUUGCUUCAAGAAGUUACGAAUUAUAUUUUGCUUAGAAGUUGUUACUGGAAGAAGUCAUUAGGUGAUAUAAUUCGGAUGCAUAUUAUCAACAGGUGUGACCUUGAUGAAGUAAAAAUACAAAGAAUUUUUCAAGCCCUGGAGGAAGAUUUGAACAUUUACACUCAUCUGCCUGAUUCUUCUGAGUUACACUGCCUUGAAACAUGGGAAUAGUGGCUUUAAUAUAAAUUAUACAUUGGCCUAUUUAUAACCUUCUAAAGUAUCGUAUUCAAAGAAGAGUAAAGAUUUCAUAAUAAGCAUAGGAAGAAAUUUACUAUGCUGAAAGCAAUUUACAAUAAACCUUAAUUAAUCUGCUAAUACAAAUUAGACUUCUAAAUUCAUCUAGACAAGUAUUUUUGUAGUCUGUAUUUUAAUGAAGUUUUCAAUUCUUAAGAACACCAAUCCUUUUUGAUACAUAAUUGUACUUAAAUAGCUCACAAUAAGAUACUUACAAACCUACUUCCACUGAAAAGAGAAUUAGUAUAUCUAGACAGCAACUUGGAGAUUUAGAGUUUUCUGUAUCUCUUUGCUGCCAUCUAUUGCUCCUCCAUAUUUUUACAGUUCUGGAAUUGUAACUCAUGCAACUUAUCUCGAAAGAACAUAAAAGUUUAUUUGCUAUCUAAUGGUCUGUCCAGACUUUUGAAGUCUAGCAAUGUCAACCCUACCAGAACAACCAUCUCAGAUGUUGGAUUGUGAAAUCAAGUAUAAUGUAUAAUUCAGAUCAUCUUUAUCUGGCAGCAUUCAUUCAUUGUUCCUUAUUAUUUCAUUGUUAUAAUUAUUUGGCUGAUAAGCUUUAUUUUAAAUAGCAUUGACUCUUUAAGUAGCUUUCCUCAUGUGAUAUUUACAACUUACAUAAACAAUUUGCACUGUUGUACAACAUUUAUGUAUCACUGCAUUGUUACAGAAAAAUGAUAUCAGCGAAAGGUCAGCAGUGUGAGGUCUACCAGAACCCAACUGCCUGUUUCUUGAAUCAUCAAUAUCUUGUGAUAUUAUCAACUAAUAAGACUUGUUAGGGGACUUUGGUCAUUAAAAAAUUAUAUAUAUCUUUUUGGCUAUGGAGAUUCUCAGUCAUUUUUCAAAAAGCACCUUUGAGACAAUUUUUUUUUUUUUUGAGCUCAUCCAAUAGCCUGUAGGGUGAUUCUAUGUCAAUUAUUAUAAUUUGUUUGAAACGGUUACCUGUACCAUAUAUUUUACAGUAGAAAAAUGACACGAAGAGAUUAAAUACAUAUUAAGGUCUAUUUACGUCUAAGUUUAAUAGUGAAAUUGUAUAAACGUUCAUUUAGAAAUCCCGCUGAAUUAAACAUGCUGUACAUUUAGAAAACUGGAGAACCUUCCAGAACACAUUUAGUUAUGUAUAUAGGAAAAAGAGGUUUCAAAUAGAUAUUCUUCUUACAAUGACCACACUAGUCUGCUACCUCCCUUAUGUGAACUCAGUUCUAAAGAAACAGUGUCACUUUUUAUCAAAAUGAAAGCAAUUGGGAAAAAGAAAUUCAAUCAGACUGAUUUCAAAAUACUUUAACAUUUGUAUCUAUUGCAGGUAUUCCAUUUUCUGAUGAAAAAAUGCCAAAAAAUAUUGCAGAUUACAGUCAUGUGAGGGUGGGAACAUUGCAGCUGGUCAUAAAUGCAAGUUGGUUGACAGUGCCUAAAAUGUGAUCAUAUGACUAUGAUGCGUAUAUGUAUGUGUGGCAGUUGUAACUUUGAGGAUGGAUUGCAAAUAACUUUGUAAAAAUGUAUUGUAACUUCAAAUGUUUGUUAAGUGAAGAUUAUAUGUAAUAUUGUAAUGUCAGACCUAUUAUAAAUGUUCUUUAUGCAUAUGCGUGAAAACACA